AUGCAUGAACCUGGCUCAUCAACUUAUUCCGCGUUUCUGACCCGCCCCACUGGCGACAUCGAUAUCGACAACGACCUUCGGUACAUUCGUAACCUGGAUUGGGACGAAUCAGGCAUCGGACCUAUCUCGACAUGGCCAAAUGAGUUAUUGGUGCUCGUUAAUCUUGCAAUACAUUCACCACAACCGCAGCUGUUUCUGCUAGGCCAUGACUCGCGAAUCCUUUACAACACAGCAUACGGUCGACUACUCCGCGACCACCAUCCGACCUAUCAAGGAAGACCUAUUCAGUUGAAUACUGCGUUGAUAGCGCAGGCACCAGCGAUAGAUCGAAUCGUACAAAGCGCAAAAACCAAGUCUAAGCCUGCAAAUGAAAACGAUGUCCCAUUCUUCUUUCUCAACCAAAAUCAACUCGAGGAAGUCUUUCUUUCGGCCACGAUGGUUCACUUGCCGCUUUCAUUGGACGGAUAUCAUGCCACUACAUACGACACCACUGCGGCGGUUCUACAUUCGCGCAGAGAACAUUCUUUGUAUUAUAUCCGGCAUAUCUGCGAGAAAGCUACGGAUCUUGAAUCAUUUUGGUCGUCACUUCGCGAUGGUAUUUCUGCAGCCAAUAUGGAUAUAGCUUUCGCCGCAAUCUACCAUGCGGAAUCGAGGGUCCUGUGUGACAAGAAUACGGGGUACAUAUCCAAACGGAUUGAAACAGGAACAUUCAAGCUUGGAGGCACUGUUGGCUCUUUUCAAGGUCAGCCUCAAGCAAGCUUAGAGCGUUCCGAUGGUCACUCUUGGAUCAAGAAGAUAUUCAAAGCCGCCGACUUCAAGAAUUUUGAGUUGAUGAGUGCCGAGGACGGCACUUUGCCAUCAGAAAUGUGUCAAGCCUCAAGGGAUCGAUGCUACGGCGACGACUGUCGAACUGCUGUGGUUGUACCAAGUACCUCGGAGAAGGACACAAUCCCCGCUGUCUUGAUUCUUGGAUUAGCACCGCGGCGGCCGUACGACCAGGCGUACCAGGUUUGGAUAGAGACUAUACAUCAUACCUUUGCCUACCAUGUUGCUAGACUCUCUAUGCUGGAGGAGAAGGCAAUCGCGAAAGCAAACGAUGAGAAAAGAGAAUCACGAGCCAAGGAGAUCAUGGCCAAGGAGUUAUUACUCAAAGAGCAGGAAGCCGCUUUGGCAACGGGUAAGGUUCAACGAAUGCUGAAGAUUAUGGAAGCCGCCAGCGUUGGUGUCUUCGAAUGCGACUCGUCGGGUACAGUCACACAGUAUAACGAAGCUUUCCGCAUGAUGAGCGAUCAUGGUAAUCGCCUUCAAACAAGUCUCCCGACUAGGCUACAAGACCUUUGUCAGCCAAGAGACCGGUGCAUGUUUGAUGACCAGUUUCGUGUUCUAGUUGCUGGUCACCCAACCACAUUUUCAGUGCGGUUUCGAGGUGUAAACAAAGACUGUUGUCAAUGGGUACUAAUUGCAUGCAUUCCGGAGCUGAACGAAGUUGGCGAUUUUAUCGGCGUCUCUGGUUGUAUGACGAAUAUAGACGCACAGAAGGAAGUAGAAUACGAGGCGAGACGGAAUCGGGCGGGAGCUCUGCGGCAGCUUCGUUUAACCGAGACAAGGCUGUCAAAUUUCAUCAGGAAUGUUCCAUUCGGUAUUCUGAUCAUGGAUCAAACUGGAUUGACGUCGUUCAUCAACGAGACCUGGUUACAACUCACUGGACAUCCCAACGUACCCGUCCACGAGGUCGAUAUCCGUUCAGUCGUUCACCCUGAAGACCUGCCAAAAGUGGACGAAUGUCUCAAAAAGGUGUCAAACAAUGGACGUUUCGAAACUUUACAGAUACGGUUGAACCAGUUGUGGGCUGGUGGAACCAAAGGCGUUAUCAGGCACACAUGGGUACAAUUCACAGCAUAUGUUGAGACGGAAGAUGGAAAGCACGGUCAGAUUACCACGACUUUGACUGACGUCAGUGGCUUCAAGUUUUCUGAAGCUUUGCAUCAGGCAAGAUUGGAAGAAGCUGUACAAGCCAGGCGACAACAAGAGAACUUCGUGGAUAUGAUAAGUCAUGAAAUUCGGAAUCCUUUGAGCGCGGUAUUGCAUUCCAUUGAUGCUCUAUUCGGUCUCGUUUCAGAGUCCAAGUCGCUACUUGACCAAACUCCUUUGUAUGAGCAGCCCUUCCGUCAGCUGCGAGUAUGGAACAACGACAUGCUGGAAUUCGUGGACACUAUUCGCUCUUGUAACACACAUCAGAGGCGGAUCACAGACGACAUCCUGGUUCUUUCCAAGUUAGACUCGGAAUUGUUUCUGAUCUCGCCUACAGUAUUUCACCUGGAAACCUUUGUACGACAAAUUGAGAAAACGUUCGGUCCUGAAGCCAAAGAGGCCAAGAUCGACUUCACAGUUAGCAUUGACGAUUCUGCCCAGAGUCUCGGAAUCGAGUGGGUCAAAGCCGAUUCCGGAAGAUUCAUGCAAGUCUUAACAAGUUUGGUUGCCAAUGCCAUUAAAUUCACGAGGGACCAAAAUGGGCUAAGAGACAUCGAUAUCCGCCUUGGUGCAAGUUUGUCUCCAGACCUUCCGGCUUUCAUCAACCUCAAUAUGGUCGAAGACACGACAUGCGAAGAUUCUACCGACAACAUCCUACAUGAAGACGAACUGUACCUAUGGUGUAGCGUCAGAGACACAGGCUGUGGUAUGGAUACCAAAGGAAUGACAAGGAUAUUAUCUCAAGCCUCCCCCAAAACGUACAACAGGUACGGGGGAUCAGGAUUUGGGUUAGUCGUCAGUCGAAAGCUAGUGAAAUUACAGGCUGGCCGGAUCGGUUUCAUAUCAGAUCAGGGUGCAGGCUCAACCUUCGUCUUCUCUGCCAAAGCGACAAGGACUUCAUCGAACGAGCUCCAACUAUCCCAGGGAAUGGAGAAGAAGCUUUCUUCGGCCGCACAUCGCUCCAAACCAUCGCUGAUCGGCCCUAAUGAGAAGCCUCCUCAGUACAAUAUUCUUCUGGUAGAAGACAAUCUCAUCAACCAGAAAGUAUUGAAGAAUUCGUUACUGCGCCAUGGCUUCUCCGUUCAGGUAUCGAACAACGGUCUCGAGGCUAUAACAUUCCUCAAGACUACUAAGUGUUGGAAUAGUUGCAACAUGCAGUCUGAAACUCAGCCGGCUGUUGAUCUCAUUCUAAUGGAUAUCGAGAUGCCUGUAAUGGAUGGACUAGAAUGUGCAAAGGCUAUACGCGCAGCUCAAGCUGACGGAACACUCGGCAGACACAUUCCUAUUGUUGCGGUUACUGCUAAUGCUAGACCAGCGCAGCUCGAAGCCGCGCUAGAUGCUGGCAUGGACGAUACUAUCGUUAAACCGUUUCGUAUCACAGACCUAGAGCCGAUUCUACAUCGUUUCUUACGAGCCCUCGCUCCCAUGUGUUAUAGUCUCAGCCUUCUGCCUGCCGUGCUGCAGGGCAACACCAACGCCCCCGUAUCUGACGCUCGUAGGCGAACUCAGACAAUGCUGACCGGCCUGCUCUGGGAUACACUGGAAGACAUACGUAGUAGGUACUGGGAAAUCAGCAGAGUAUGGAUCGUACUCGUCGCCGCAGCUCUUUUGGAAAAAUUUGGGAGAGAUCAUGCCGAGGUGCGCGUAGAUGAAGACGGUGUCACUGUUUUCUUCUUCGGCGGUGUGCUUCAACGCGAGGCACCGUCUAUCACGACAGCAGCAUUGCUACCUAGGGCAAAGGCUGAACUCCAAUCGUGUAUUGCUUCGGCUGUUGGUGGAGACGCAACGCGCGCCCAAUUUCCAGAGGAAGCCAACUUUGUUUCCAAAGACCUCAAGUACUUCAACUUGAACUAUCAACACAAGCCUUUCGCUGUGACAUACCCUCAGAGCGCGAGAGAAGUUUCCGAAAUAGUCAAGUGUGCGAGUCAACAUGACCGCAAGGUUCAAGCUCGAAGUGGGGGAAGAGAUUUCCUCAACAGAUGUAUAGUCUUUCUGAGCCUCGGAGGUGCUGACGACGCAAUUGUUAUCGACUUGAAGAAUUUCAACAAACUGAGUGUUGAUGACAAUACUGGCAUCGCUACCAUUGGUCCAGGCAACCUUCUGGAAGAUCUCGUCCGAGGUCUCAAUGAUAAAGGACGCUACAUGCCCCAUGGUUCCUCUGCAACCGUCGGCGUUGGUGGGCACAUCAUGGUUGGUGGAAUCGGUUACACGUCUCGCGACCUCGGUCUGUCCAUUGACGUUCUCCGCGAGCUCGAGGUAGUACUGGCCAACGGAACAGUCGUACGUGCGAACAAGGACCAACACCAGGACUUGUUUUGGGCAAUGCGCGGCGCAGGCGCAAGCUUCGGGAUCGCGACAGAAUUCAGGUUCCAAACGAAGCCCAACCCGUCCGAGAUUGUAACAUUCAGCUAUAACUACACGACGGAGGAUUUAUCCAUUCUUUCGAAUGCGGUCAAGAAGUUCCAACAGAUGAUGGCGGAUGAAUCCAUGCCCCGUAAGCUUACCGCUUCUGCUACUGUAACCAGGAAUUCCGUUUACAUUAGCGGCGCGUUUUUCGGUUCUAAGAAGGAUUUUGACUCGAUUGGACUGAACGAUCGCUUUCCCGAGCCAAAGGAAAAGAAGUUGAAAGAAGGGGUGGCGUGGAUCGACUAUAUGGAAAACCUUUUUCAAAGCGCCGGAGCGAUUCCAAAUCAGGCUUAUCUAUACGCGCGCGACACAGCCGUGGCCGACAACACAUUUCCAUCCGAGAAGGCUCUUGAGAAGUGGAUGCAGCAUCUAAUGGCCAACAAAGAGAAUUGGAUGUUCAUCCUCGAUUGGUAUGGCGGUGCUGUUAAUGAUGUUGCAGUAGCAGCGACACCAUACCCACAUCGCAAUCUGGCGUAUUUUGUCACAUCUUUUCUCACAACAGAGAGCAAAACUAGCGAGGAUUCUAUGAAGUUCAUUGAUAAUGCGUUUCUAACCCUGCAGGAUAACAUGCCGGAAAGGUACUUGUCUUAUUCUGGUGUACCUAACGCGCGCCUGGAUGGGACACCACAACAAAAGUACUGGGGGUCAAACCUAUCGAGUCUCGAGAAGGGGGCUGCAAAGGUCGCCGCUAGACCAGAUACGUCACUCAAAAGCGAUGUCGGAUGUUGCGAAGGCCAGGAACAGACGCAACUUACUCCAGCAUGUAUCGAACCCACAACACCCGCAAGGAAAGGCUGCUCGUACGGCGACUCUGGCCUGUUCUCAGAUCAAACUCCGACUUAUCGUUCUCUUCAUGAUUGCGACAUGAGGAAUGAUGAGCUACACUGGAACUCCAAACGAGUAAAGGUCAGAUCUCAGCGCGAAGAUGCAGGUACAGUACAAGGCCGUCCCUGA